AUGACAUCAUCAAAUAAACCGGCGUAUCUGCCUCCUUCUAAACUCGGCACGAAAGAAUACUGGGACUCCCUCUACACAACCGAACUCACAAACCACGCCGCCAACCCCUCCGACACAGGCACAAAUUGGUUCGACGACUCCGACGCAGAGGCCCGCAUCGUCGCCUUUCUCGAAUCCCUCGCCGAAGACGAUCAAGACGUUUUGCCUGAGAGUCUAUCGCAGCAAGAAGCGUCUUUCUUGGAUCUCGGUUGUGGGAAUGGCUCGCUGCUGUUUGCCCUGAGGGACGAGGGCUGGGAGGGCGCCAUGCUAGGAGUAGAUUACAGCGCGCAGAGCGUUGCUCUGGCAAAGAAUAUCGCCGAGAGCAGGAGAGAAGAAGAAGAAGAAGAGUCAUUACCACCAGUCAACUUCCUCGAAUGGGACCUCCUCAACGGCCCUCUAACCCUCACCGCGUCUCCCUCAGAAAACGCCUCCUCUCCCCUAUCCCACACCCCCUCCCCCUCACGCCUCUUCGACAUCAUCCUCGACAAAGGCACCUUUGACGCCAUCAGCCUCUCCACAACAUCAUCAGAACAGCAGCAGCACCCUUGCGAAAUCUACCGCCGCCGCCUGCUCCAGCUGCUCAGCCACGGCGGCAUCUUCCUCAUCACGAGCUGCAACUGGACCGAGCCCGAGCUGCGGGCGUGGUUUGUUGAUGAUGCGGAUGGGGAGUUGAGUGUUGUGGGCAGGGUGGAUUAUCCGACGUUUACGUUUGGGGGGGUCAAGGGGCAAACGAUUAGUACGUUGUGCUUUAGGAGGAAGUGA